UUUAGGCUGGCAUAAGCUCAUUCCAAGGAAUGGCCACACUUUCACCGCAAGACGUCAACUAUCUAGGUAGAUAGAAAGAGAAGACGAAGAAGAAACCCUAAAAACAGAGCUUAUUAAGUUACUGAUUCUUUACAUAUUUCUGCGUUCGUUCUGAAUCAAAUUGCCGAGAUCAUUAUUUAUUAUUCUUAAUUAAGUGUAGUCUUUGUGGGCGAUGAGAAAAUGUGGGUAGGAUGAAACUGUUAUAUGUAUGUGUGAGCUAUUGUGGACAGGGUGACGAAGGAAUAGUUGAUGGAAAUUAAAUCCGAGAUAAUUUAAGGAACUGGAUAUCUUCAGCUAUGGAAAAUUCUAGAUCAUCUAGGAUCAGAAAUAUGAUGCAUGUUGGAAAAAAUUCUCUUCUGCCUCCUAAAUGUCCAUUCCCUAGCAUUUCCCCAUCAUAUGCUGAGUACAUCCCUAAUUCAGCACCUGCCCGAAAAGGUAUCCCAGCACCUAGAAAUGGCAAUUCACAACAUCAACGUGCUUCCUCUGAAAGUUUUUUGAUUGAGGAACAGCCAUCUUGGCUUGAUGAACUUCUCAAUGAGCCCGAAACACCUGCGCAUAGAGGAGGUCAUCGACGCUCAUCGAGUGAUUCCUUUGCAUAUAUUGACACAUCUAAUGUUGGAAACGUGAAUGGCAUAGAUCAAGAUGAUAACAAGUUCAAAAAUUUAACUUCAGUGCCUUCUUGGGGAUCUCAGGACUUCGAUCUUUACAGAGAUAUAAGACAUGGUUCUUUCUAUACAGACCCAAAAUCUUCAGCCAAAACCAAGAACAGGACGUGGGAUGCACCUGUGAAUCCAGUUGCAUCAUCUCAUGGCCGUCCUGCUCCUAAGGACACUACCAUAGUUCAAACUGGAGUAUCAUUGAGUACUUCCCCAGAAGUAGACAAGAAUUCAUAUUCUUCAACUGGAAAGCAGGAUCCGCUUGAAUCUGAUCCUUAUAAUCCAAAAGAUUCUUCUCAUGCCAAAUCAUCUUCAUCCGAAACAGACACCAAACGGGCCAAGCAGCAGUUUGCUCAACGUUCACGGGUCCGAAAACUUCAAUACAUCGCUGAACUGGAAAGAAACAUGCAAGCUCUACAGGCUGAUGGUUCUGAAGUUUCUGCUGAGCUCGAAUUUCUCAACCAACAGAAUCUUAUACUAAGCAUGGAGAAUAAAACCCUGAAGCAACGAUUGGAAAGUUUGGCUCAAGAGCAGCUUAUAAAGUACUUUGAGCAUGAAGUAUUGGAAAGAGAAGUCGGAAGAUUACGAGCCCUGUAUCAGCAGCAGCAGCAGCAACAGUUUUCAUCUAGCCAUCGACGUGCUAAAAGCCGAGAUCUCGACCAGCAAUUUGCUAAUCUUUCACUGGAACCCAAGGAAGCAAGUUCUAACAAUGAUACACCUUCUGGGUAUAUCUAGUGUGAGUUUUUACGGUGCCUCCUAAUCAUUCCUUGACUGAUGUCUCCUUGCCUUGCCAAUGACAAAAAUCGAGGUUUCCUUUCAUGGGAUCAAGCCGCAUUCUUCCACUCCUGAGGCUGGACCUCGUUGCCCGGUUUGUUUAUCUUAUGCUAUUCUAUUAUGUUCUUUGUAAUGUUAGAAUUUUUCAAUUUUCUUUAUUAAAAGUAGCGUCGCCAUGUGCGCCUGGUAGUCUGUGCCGGAAAAUAGUUGUUCUGGUGGAUGACUCUCCUGAGGUGGUUCUUCCAAACACGAUUGAUGUUAAUGACCAUCCCUGUAUGUCUUUAAGUGAUUACAUUUAUAAAUUUCCCUUAACGUUCUGCCUGAGGGAACACUGCCAUUAGACUGGAAAUUGGUUUAUGAAAUCUAACAAUUGUUGAUUA